CCAUGAACAUGAACUUCCUUGUAUAUACAUACGCAUAGAGGUGUAUCUAAACGCGUGUCUGUAUAUAUAUUAUAAACUUGCCUCCGAGAAAUGAUCAAUUGUUUUUAGCGUUACACUUUCUCCUAUUUCAACUGAAAUGAAUGAGGACGGGAAAUCGGAGGGAGCUAUCGCCGCCGCGGCGGAGGAAAUGGCGGGAAAGAGAGCGGUUUACAUGUGGGGUUACUUGCCUGGAGCUUCGCCGCAACGGUCUCCGCUGUUGUCGCCGGUGGAGGUGAAGAUUCCGCCGGCUACCGCAAGCUCGUGGAAGGACGUUUGCGGCGGCGGUUGCGGAUUCGCCAUGGCUAUUGCAGAAUCCGGGAAGCUUAUGACAUGGGGAUCGACAGAUGAUCUAGGUCAAAGCUACGUGACUUCCGGGAAGCACGGGGAAACUCCAGAGCCGUUUCCACUUCCCCAAGAAGUUUGUGUGCAAAAGGCUGAAGCCGGUUGGGCUCAUUGUGUUGCAGUAACAAAUAACCAGGAAGUUUAUACAUGGGGAUGGAAGGAAUGCAUACCCACAGGGAGGAUCUUCGGCGACCCAUCAUUUAUGGGAGGAAGCGUCGAGAGCGAUACGUAUCAAAGGCAUAUUUCAUUCUCGGCAGAGCAAGUAAGCCCCCGUUCCCGAGGCUCAAAGUCAAGUGGUGGAUCCUCUUCUCCUGUGGAAAAUAGAGGUGGGGAAGCACCUUCAAAGAAAAGGAGAGUAUCACCGGCGAAGCAUGCUGCUGAAGGCUCGUCAUCUGGUGAUAGCGAUCUGUCGGCAUUGCCUUGUCUUAUAUCAUUGCCUCUGGGAGUAAGAAUUGUUAGUGUCGCUGCAGGUGGACGUCAUACUCUAGUCUUGUCAGAUAUUGGACAGGUGUGGGGUUGGGGUUAUGGAGGAGAAGGACAGCUUGGAUUAGGCUCCCGUAUACGCUUGGUUUCCUCUCCUCAUCCUAUACCUUGCAUUGAGCCCAUUUCUCAUGGGAAAGGCAGGUCCAUGGCCAUUGCUGGAGCAAGCACGAGUUCAGAAGGGCAGAGCAGCAGAGUUCUCGGAAGUUAUGUGAAGAGAAUUGCAUGUGGAGGGCGGCAUAGUGUUGUGGUCACUGAUUCUGGAGCUAUGCUUGCAUUUGGUUGGGGGCUUUAUGGGCAGUGUGGCCAGGGAAGUACAGAUGAUGAACUAAGUCCUACUUGUGUGUCGUCGUUGUUGGGCAUCCUGAUAGAAGAAGUGGCUGCCGGUCUAUGGCACACGGUCUGCAUUUCAUCCGAUGGUGAUGUUUAUUCAUAUGGAGGAAACCAGUUUGGGCAACUAGGAACUGGAGGUGAUCAGGCUGAGACUCUCCCGAGGCUACUGGAUGCUCCUAGUUUGGAGAACAUGAAUGUGAAAACUCUAUCCUGCGGGGCUCGCCACACUGCUGUAAUUACAGAGGAUGGAAAAGUAUUUUGCUGGGGAUGGAACAAAUAUGGGCAGCUGGGUCAAGGAGACGUGAUAGACCGCAACGUUCCAUCUGAGGUUAGGAUCGAGGGUUGCAUCCCGAAGAACAUCUCUUGUGGUUGGUGGCAUACUCUGCUUCUAAGCGAACCAUUUACUUGACCGCAGACGCCCUUUUUUUUCCACUCCCGAAUUUUUGUUAGGGUUUGAGCAAAAGUCUUAGUAGCUAGAAAUAAAUCAUGUCACACCGUACAUUUAUAGUAUGUACAUAAUAUAUUUGUAAUGAAUAAUGCUGUUUCCUCUUCACUAUUUCCUAAUUAACCCAUUCGUUCAUUUGACAGUUACAUUAAUUA